AUGUCUUUAUAUUCAAAUCCAACUCAAUCUGGUUCGGCUGCUAUUCCCAUUGUUGCACCGACUUCGGAAAAAGAAAUCUCUAAGAACGUUCCUUCCAAAUAUUCAACUCAGGAUUCCAAAGCGCGGACUUGUCGAAAUUUGAUUAUACAUGGUUAUUGUAAAUACGAAGGGAAAGGAUGCAAGUUCAAUCAUGAUAUUAACAAAUCGACAUCUCCUCCAAACAGUCCUGAAACAAAUAAAUCCAAGCUGAGUGUUAAUUCUCCUGUUUUCAAACCAACUAAUAUCAUUUCGACAAUCUCUCCAGAGGUUGUAAACGCCCCGCCAUUUAUUCCCAAAAACCACCAAUUGAGUGCUGUUGAUGAAACACCAAUCACUCCUCCGAGUGCACCAGGUUCACCACAGCAACAACUUUUUUAUGAUUCUGGCGAACAUGAAUAUGAUACAGAUAUGUCGAUAUUUGACCCUACUAUUAGUUUCUACCCAUCACAGUCAUUAACGUCCUCUAAACCAUUUUUAUUGUCUUCCGGUGGCGUCAAAGGCCACGGCUUGAAUGCUCUUGCUAAUUCUUUUGCUUCAUUGGCAACGCAAUUUUCUGCUCUUGACACAUUGCCGGAUGUGACAACUCAACAUAUGAACAAUACAAGUUAUUUCACAAGUUCACAUUAUGUGGAUCCAUUUUUAUAUCAUUCACAGCAAACAUUAACUCCUCAACCGCUUCAAUAUCACCUUUAUACAUCACCACUUCCGCAUGUUUCAAAUUUGCAUCCACAUCAAAAGACUAUUCACGCAUUCUUUAUGUCUGAUCAUCUCCGUGAAGAAUUACAGCAAAAAAACGAAGCAACACUGAGCUCCGUAAAUGCUAAAGAUUUUAAUUUGCCCGAAGAGCUUCAUGUUUAUCAUUCACUGUACCCACUUGAUUUGGGACAAGGAAAAUCGGUAAAAAUUUUUGGAUACCCAAGUUUUACAUACAAAUCAAUUUGUAAUGUUGAUGGCCGUGUUUACUGUCUGAGGAGGAUCGAAGGCUUUCGAUUGACGAAUGAAAUAGCUAUGUCGACAAUAGAAAGUUGGCGACGAAUCAGACAUGCAAAUAUCGUUUCGAUACGUGAAGCAUUUACUACAAAGGCUUUUGGUGAUCAUUCCCUUGUUUUUGUCUAUGACUACCAUCCAUUGUCACAGACAUUGUUCGACAAACAUUUCUCCUCUCCGAUACAGACUGCUGUUCAAAUUCCAGGAGUUAUUACUAAUAUUCCAGAGACUGUUUUAUGGAGUUAUAUUGUUCAAUUAGCAUCUGCAAUUAAAACUAUACAUGCAUCAGAUUUAGCAGCAAGAAUGAUUGAUCCAACGAAAAUAUUACUUACUGGCAAAAAUCGUAUACGCGUGAAUUGUUGCGGUAUAAUGGACAUGCUUGCUUUUGAUGGUGGGAAAAAUAUACACUAUUACCAGCAAGAAGAUCUUAUACGCUUCGGGCAUUUAAUCAUCUCUCUUGCAUGCAAUUCCCUUUCAUCUGUCAAUAAUAUGCCAAAAUCAAUUGAAUUCAUUUCCCGGCAAUAUUCACCUGAUCUUAAAAGUGUCAUUAUAUAUUUGAUAAGCAAACCAACUCCUGACAAAACUAUAGAUGGUGUUGUGGCAAUGAUCGCAUCGAAAACAUUGCAUGAUAUUAAUAGCACUCAUCAUUACAAUGAUUUUUUAGAAAGCGAACUAAGUAAAGAAUUAGAAAACGGAAGGCUGGUUCGCUUAUUAUGUAAAUUUGGAUUUAUCAAUGAACGUCCCGAAUUUGACAUGGAUCCAAGUUGGUCAGAAACGGGGGAUAGAUAUUUAAUUAAACUUUUCAGAGACUAUGUAUUUCAUCAAGUCGAUGAGAAUGGUUAUCCGGUCGUUGAUAUGUCUCAUGUAUUAACAUGCUUAAAUAAG